GAAGCCGCUGAUUGAUAUUCUUGAUGCGCGGUGCACUCUUUAUUCUAAGAUUUGCCUUGUAUGCAUGGCCACAGAAAUGUGUUGUGUUCUUUUUCGAACGCAACGGCUCAAAUGAAUCUCACUGCCCGACACCGAUGUGUUAGAUACUCGUAGUGGCAGCGUGGCUUGAGUGCGAGCUUGCGGUACCGAGUACCGGUGUGCUUCACCAUGGACACGAGCAAGACGAGUAGUAUUAAAUCGCUGCUUCUUCAGGCGUGGAGAGAGAGGUGGACCGAUGUGAGAUGGGGCAUCAACAUCAAGAACGUUCUUCCGCGCGGCGUCAGUGGCGACGUGUACGAUCUCGCAGACUGCAUAUUGCAAGAAGCGUUGGUAGGUCCCGGGCCCAACAAUCUCUUCUUGUCCUACCUCACGCACUGCUUGAGCGCCCAAGUGGUGUCUUACGGAGCGGUGCUGUCCAGCAUUGGCCGAUUUCAGUCGUUCUUUAAGCCUCCCUGCAUUUUGAGCCUGCUGCAGCUGCUGUAUAGCAUACAAGCCAAGAUAACCUGCCACGGCAAUGAAGAAGAAUGUAUCGCCUUGUGUAAGGCCAUAGUGGGCGUCACUCAUUGGCUGUAUCUGUGCAUGUGUCACUCGAUCGGCAAGAUCGUCGAGCUGAAGCAGAGCGCAGAGCACGGGCUCAUUUUGGAAAAGGCCUGCGAGUCGCUUUCCUUCUUUAGCGAGUCGACGUUCCUCAAGGCUCUCCUGUACAUCGGCAAGCACGAAGAGCCCGCCGUCUACGCGCAGCUCGUGCAAAAGCAGCAGGAGCUUGAAACCAAGCUGAGCCAGUCGCAGGGCUUCAGCAUACCCAAGGACACGCUGGAAGGAGCGUUGAACUUGGUUCGCCUCGUGGACGACAUGCCCAAGAUAUCGGCGUCCUCCUGCGUCAGCGGCCGCGUGCCCAAGCAGCCUCUAGUGUGCAGCCUCAACGCCAACGUAGCGAUAGAGGCGGUGCUGAACCCUGCCAGCGAUAUUCAGAGCACUGUCGACCAUCUUCUGCUCAUGAAGAAGCUUCUGAACCUCACUUCGGCGGAGCUUUACUGCGAGAUAAUUCGAGCUGGCUUCAUGGGGCUGGCCAACAGUAGCAGCGAAGACUUAAAGUGGGCUGCUUUCACAUUUCUCAAGGUCCCGCAGCUGCUGUUGAAAAUACACAGUGCCCGAAAGGACGAUAGGCAGUGGGAAGAGGAGCUGGAAGCUGGACUGAUGCAGCUGCUGAACUACUCUCCCUUGCUUGAUCUUACUGACUCAAAGUGUCAUUGUGAUUGCUUACAAUAUCUUUUGAACGAGCUUCAAAAAGUUGAGCUGUUGACUGAAACACAGGCAAAGGCACUCGUGCAUCGUAGACAGACCAACACACAAAAGCAGAACUUGCCACGACCUGAUCAGCAGACAUCACAAGCAUUGAUUCUCCGCGCCGAGCCCACAGUCACCAGUAUCCUGAAGACACUGGAUUCGGACUAUUCAAAGAACCAAGACGGUCUGCUGGGCAUACUGUGUCACAUUAUAUCGGGAAAGAGCUUUGAGCUUAUCCUUUCUGCUGCUGCAGCUACUGGAAAGCUGAGCAGUUUUGUGAAAAAGCUGAUAAAGUUUAAUGAAUAUAACAAACAGGUUAGUGGAGAAGCUACUAAGAAUGCACAAACAAGGGCACUGUUAUUUGACAUAACUUUCUUGAUGCUGUGUCACAUUGCACAACAUUAUGGUAUCCAUUCAGUGACAUUCAAUGAAGAGACAAAGGACUCUUUCUUUGCUGCUUGGGUGCCAGAAUGCCUCGCUGAAGGUGGAAGGUACAACUGUCCAGAUAAAAUGUUAGCUGGAUGUGAUCCUGCUAAAGUUGACUUGGUGUUGGAGCAGUUCAUGAGCAACAGCUCCGACUUCAAGAACAGCCAAGCCAAGUGGCACGAAGUGUGUGUUAAUGUACCUAUGGCAAUCAAGGAGAUAUUGAUAGCAUGGGAGCAUGGUGCUAUCUCAACUGACACAGUCAAAAUGAUUCUAGACAAUGUCAAAAGCCGCAUGUGCUGCCUUCCCGUGUGCAUAUCUGUUUGGCUGUGUAGUUAUAUCACUGUCUUGCAUCACGAAGAACGGUUGAAGCCAAUGAACAUGCUUCAACAGUUUAUGACACCGCUUACUAGCGAGACAGUUGCGAGCACGGAGACAGGUAGUGAGCGCUCGGGUGCACAGGAACAGCCCCUCCAACAAAACCCCUCGUACAAGGAGCGCUCAACACUGAUGUCGAAUAUUAUUAAGAAAAUGAUGUACGAUUUGCACCCUCCUCAACAUAUUCAAGUACUAUCACAUAGCCUGACAGCCAAGACUCCUUUGUGGGGAGUUAUGGAUGAAGUGUUCAGCGUGGCUCACGCAAGAGGCUGGAUUGAUUUGCGUGCAAUUCAGAGCUUGGACACGCUUAUGUGCGUUGGCGGUCCUCAGUGGUUCAGUGACACUUUAGUGAGACAGGCCCUGAAGCAUGACCACCUCGAAGACCUACAUCGUGCCAUUGACCUUUCUUUUGGCCUCUUCCACAUCGACAUUGAGCAGUGCGCACUUGCUCUCUUGACUCAAGUGCUCCCAAACUACCUCCUGUGGGAAACACGGCAAGACUUUCUCACUGAACCGAGAGGCUCUGCUUUGGCGAGGCUUGUAGUUCUCAGCACGUUUGCUGCGCUGCAGGCCCGAACAAACUCACCAACCUUGGGCAUGCAGCGAGGCGGUCGCAAACGCCCAUACUGGGACAUGGAACUCGAAGAGGCCAUGGACGAAUCCAAGCGAAUGCGUCCCAGCAAGAUAAGGCGAGGCCUCAAUGACUCGGAGCUUCUGGACGACACACCCUUUGCACUGCAGUGCCACUCCGAAGAAAACUACCGCUCGUUGGACCCUCUCAGCAAGGCAGUGGCUGACACGAUGAGGCUGUUAAUGGCUAUUGCCUCAGAUUCGGUUAUUAGCCAGCGGUCAGUGUUCCCGCUCCUUCUGUUUGAGCAGAUUGUGCUGUGUGCAGGUGAAGAGGCACACCGGGUGCUCCAGUUUGCCCCGUUGGGCCUCGUGCCACAACUAGUGCGGAGCAUGCCCCUUUUGAUGUCCCACCAGCUGAUCCUAGCCCUGAGCAGUUUGCAGACAUCCAGGGCGCGCAAGGUGACUGCAAGGGCUACCUGCCAGUUACAGAUUGCUCGGUCUCUCAGCAGCACUCACCUAACUUAACAGGAAUCUAGAACUCCAUAGCUGCGUCGGUCAUCCAAGUAAGGUGGGACCAAAGCCCAGUUUACACAGUUUGAGCUGCAUUUCUCAGUUUUCCUUACUAUGCUAAGUUGUCAAAACGCAAGAAGCAGCUGAACUGGCAAACGUAAAGAUGAAACCAUGCAGUGUUUUAUCCGGUUAAAAGAAUAUGAGGGCACUUCGGUUGUGAAUGUGUUAUAAAAACUCAUCUGCUGUUAGCUUCACCAAAGUGCAACUCAGUUUGUAUAUGAAGAGUCGCCAUUCCUCUUUCAAAUUCAUUAGCUGCAUAGGUCAGAAAUUAUAUUUAAGCAAGACAACUCGGUGUGUUCCAAUUAAGGUGCAGCAUAGUGGCAGAAGAAAAUUACAUGUAAGCUACUUGGUUUAUUUAAUAUUGCCAAGGUGCGAAGGAAGUGGUCCUUUUACCUAUGUUUUCACUGAAAGAGUUGAAACUUUUUGUCUUUGCUCCUGUUCAUAGCAUAUGUUUACACAAUAACGAAGUAGGUGUUGUUUAAACUGAUUAAAACCAUGUAAUGAAACCUCAUGCAUAUCGACGAAUAAAACUACCCAUUCUGUU